CUUGAAGCCGCCACACGCGGCAUUCUGGUCCCGCCUUAGCCGGAAGUGUCUCUAUGGUGACGGCGGGAGGUUCGGGUUGGGCUAGAGGGGGCCAAGCCACCGCCCGCCCCGGAGCCGGCUGGUCAUGGUGAAGAUGCUGCUCUGACUCCGGUUCACCAGCUGUACUUACUGAGAGUGUGGGAUGGCUCUACAUGGCCUCUGUAGGGCCAGAAGCCUAUAGCCUUGGCCUCAAGAGGGGAAACCAGUUCCAGGUGGGCAUUGCACCAGGGCUGACGGUGCCGCCACUCACAACAAAGCUUCACAAGAGUAAGGCCUGGUACCUUGCUAAGCAGCAGGUGAAGCCCAUUUGGCAGCUGGAACAGAAACAUGUGACCAAUUUUCAGGACCUCCAAUCGGUCCACUCAGGGAUUUCUUCCCAGCGUCCCCGCCUCUUGUACCCAGAGUCAUUAUGUAGUGAUACAGCGUUCCUGACUUCACCUCCACCUUUGCCCCACGCUCUCCCAAACUUCCUCGGAAGCACCUUGCUCUACCGACGUUCUUACUUCAGACACAAGCCUUAUCGGAGGCUUGAGUCCAUCUGUUUGCAGCCAACUUCUUUGGAGAAGAAAUCUCUUUGUGCUCCGCUCCCUGCCUAUCGCUCUGUUCUCAACAACACCAUGACAUCCUCCGCCAUAGACCCAUUCUUUAUGCCGAAUACUGCUGCUGACUGUUCCAAUCCAGUGUCAAAGGGGUUCCCCCUAAGCUCAGGGAAGCAAAACUCCAAUUCAUACAGGCCAGUGCUAAACAAUAACUCUUUCCUUCGGCCAACUAGUGCAAAAGUGCCUUUGCAGCAGCAGUACCACCAACCGCUGCCACCAGAAAAUAAGAAGCUAAAAGGCUUGUCAAGACCUAUUGGCUUCUCUUGGACCCACUCUGGUGGAAAUGGAGAUGGCGCUCCUGCGAACCUUGAAAGAAAGCUUGGGAAAAACAGUGGCAUAACUCUUGAGCAACCCAGUGCCAAAUCUCCUCGCUCGGCCAUUCACAAUGGCGUGGUUCUCAAAGUGGAACGGCCCUCCUGGCGACUCGAAGAUGGUGAGAACAGGUCUCAGAACCUGAAAGAGCAAGAUGUGCGGUUGACGGAAGCUAUGCGGAAGCUGACUGCAAAUGGGAUCCGGAAGGUUAGCACCUACAACGAAUUUGGUCACCGCAUUGACAGUUCUUGCCUUAUGAAUGCAAACUUCCACUCCAGUCUUUUCAAUCGAUGGAAGCCACACAUAGUAGCACAGAUCACCCCAAAGGACGUACCAGCUGCCACCUCCCCAAAUCUGGAGCCUGGUAGCCGCCACCAGAGCCUUAUGGUCACAGAAGCUGCCGAUGUCUGCACUAAACGCAUCGAUGUUCGUUUCUUAGCCUCAAAUCCUGAACCUUCCAACCACUGCGCCUUGAGUCAGACUGUCAAUCACACCUCUGUAAACGCUGGAGAACAAGUGGUAAAAACAGAGCUGUCCCCACGGACUACAGUCUCUGAGGUAGAGACCAAAAUUUCCUCUCUUCAGUUAGGCACGGAUACAAAAUGGGGGAACCCUGUUACUGUGAAAGAGACCGAAGCUGCAGUCAACCUCCCCCUGCUGGACCAAGCGGAGGUGGAAGAUGUAGAGGAAGAGCUCCCAGACGGCUUGGAAGAUGCCUGCAGUCAGGAUGAGGAGGGAGAAGAGGAGGAUGGGGAAGGUGAAUCAGAUGGCUCCUCUUCAUCCGGAUUAUCCCCCAAUGGUUCUGUAGCUAUUAUAUCCAGGAAUUGCGUUGAGGGAUUGGUGCCUACACUAGAGGGCCAAGAACGAAUUCUCAAGCCAGCUCUUACAUGCAGCCUGUUCCCCAAUGUGCCUCCCACAAUAUAUUUUGGUACCCGGGAUGAGAGAGUGGAGAAGCUCCCUUGGGAACAGAGGAAGAUGCUACGAUGGAAGAUGAGCACAGUGACUCCCAACAUUGUAAAGGCAACGAUCUCCAGGUCCCACUUCAAAAUCAGCAAGAGAAACAAUGACUGGCUGGGCUGCUGGGGCCAUCACAUGAAAUCUCCGGGGUUCAGAGUUAUCAGAGAACAUCAGAAGUUGAAUCAUUUUCCUGGCUCAUUCCAAAUUGGUCGGAAGGACCGUCUGUGGAGAAAUGUGUCCAAAAUGCAGUUGCGCUUUGGGAAGAAGGAGUUCAACUUUCUGCCCCAGUCCUUCAUCCUUCCUCAGGAUAUCAAGCUGCUCAGAAAGGCCUGGGAAGAUUGUGGGAGCCGACAGAAAUGGAUUGUGAAGCCGCCAGCAUCAGCUAGAGGCAUCGGCAUUCAGGUCAUCCAUAAGUGGAGCCAGCUACCCAAGCGCAGGCCACUGCUGGUGCAAAGGUACUUACAUAAACCCUACCUCAUUGGUGGAAGCAAGUUCGACUUGAGGAUUUAUGUUUACGUCACAUGCUAUGAUCCACUUCGGGUUUACUUGUUCAAAGAUGGACUUGUUCGUUUUGCCAGCUGCAAAUAUUCCCCCUCUGUGAAGAGCCUCAACAACAAGUACAUGCACUUGACUAAUUACAGUAUCAACAAGAAGAAUAUUGAAUACAAGGCUAAUACAGAUGAAACUGCAUGUCAGGGUCACAAGUGGGCACUGAAGGCACUUUGGAGUUAUUUGGCCCAGAAAGGAGUUGACAGUGAAGCCAUCUGGGAGAAGAUAAAAGACAUUGUUGUCAAAACCAUCAUUGCAUCAGAGCCCUACAUAAUCAAUCUCGUGAAGAUGUAUGUGAGACGCCCUUACUGCUGCCAUGAGCUGUUCGGGUUUGAUAUCAUGCUGGAUGAGAACCUUAAGCCAUGGAUUCUGGAAGUCAAUAUUUCCCCCAGCCUUCAUUCAAACUCUCCUCUGGAUGUGAGCAUCAAGGGUCAAAUGGUCAGAGAUGCCCUUAAUUUGGCUGGUUUUCUGUUGCCAAGCACAGAUGAUGUGGCUUCACCCUCUGGAAGUGCCAGCAGCUCCACAACUAGCUUGAAUAGUGUCGCAAAGGAGAAGAGUAAGUCAUCUCUGGAGCUGUUCACUUCUGAGAAAACGAAAAGAGCUUUUUAUCUGACCUCAAAAGUGCCUGAUCAGGAGUUCUAUUCUACCAUCCUAGAUGUUCUAACACCAGAUGAUGUACGUGUCCUAGUAGAGACAGAGGAUGAAUUUGCUCGACGUGGACAGUUUGAGCGAGUUUUCCCCUCGCGCUUCUCCAUGCACUACCUACGUUUCUUUGAGCAGCCGCGAUAUUACAACAUCCUUACUUCCCAGUGGGAGCUGAAAUAUUUUGUGAAUAAGAUCAAAGGGGUGGAUCUGCUCAGAAACUGGUGUCACAAAGGCUUUCAUAAUGGAGUGGUGACAGAAUCCACAGUGAUGUGGUCAAUUCCAAGAUCCCACCUCUAUAUGAAGAAUGAACUCCCUGUGAAUGGCUUGAGCAAGAUGGAAUUAGGCAGAACCAGCAAAAUCCUUGUCCAGCGAGAUGGGGAGGAGCCAGUCCGAAGCUCUGAGCCAAACCCUUGCACUCAAAGCUUACCUCAGAUUAAAUACACAGCUGGAAGUCUCAAGAAACCCACAAUCCCUCGGACCCUCAGCAACUCAAGCCUAGUGAAGUGACAGGGGACUGAGUGAGUGGCCAACUUCACCUUCCUUAUGGUCUCAGGAGGGGGCGUACAUGACCUACCUCAACGGAAGCUAGGAGAGCCAGCAUGGAAGGAUGGGAGGACCUUUCGUCCGGCACGCCCACGUAGAACUAUUUUUUUGGAAAGGGAAUUGAGUCGAAGAGGAGAUGUUUAACUUGGUUAAAAGGGACAAAUGCUCUGUUUAUAGUUUUUUUUAUGACAAAGGAAGUUGCUAAACACAGAAGCUUGGAAAACCUAUUUAACUUUUAGUGUGAGUUCCUUAUAGUUUAUUGACCUUGCCGUGAUCGUCACCACUUGAGCCUUAAGUGCCUCUUGCUGUUAAGUGCUGACAUGCUAGGUUUCGCCAGACACUGACAACCUCAAUGACCAUUUGUGAAAUGAGCUGCUACCAUGAGGCAAUUGCAUGUUUGCAAUUGACAUAAUAACCCAUGUAUUCACAACAUGACACAAAUUCCUUAUUAGCUGAACAGUUGGGAAAACAAACUUUAGAAUGGCUUAACACCAGUAAAUCAGGCAGAUUUUUUCAUAAACUCUCUGGUGCAUGGCCAUAAGAGAAAGAGGCUUAAACAGUGAGGGAGGGGGUGGGGAGUCCUUGAAUAUUCUUAUUCUCUAGGUACACACCCAUGUUUACUUAGUUCCUGGGUACAGAUUUCCUGAUGGACUUUAGUUAUGGAAGGUAUUUUCUACUUACUUUUUAUUCUGGAGAAGCAGAUUUUGCAGUGUGCUGGUCCAAAGCACAACUGUGUAGCUUAAGCACUGGUGGUGGGUUCUAGCUUUGUGCUGGGACUCAGAAAAAGGUGUGCUAAGGUGGCUGCUUCUUGUUCCUCUCUGGUUUAGGGUCAGGUGGUUAUCUGUAUUAAUCCUCCUAGCAUUCAUAUACACCCUAGAACACUCUCCAGUUCUUUACCCCUAAAGAAGACUAUAAUUUAGCCCAAGUGGUGCUUGGCUGUAUAAUUCUUGCUUUAAGUACUGCAGCCUCAGUCAAUGUUAUUUCUCAUCAGUCAGUGCCUUCUCCCUGCUGCUGGAGAAUUCUGCCUUUUCUCCACUUGUUAUACUUUACUCCUAAUCCGAAUCUGGUACUGGAUCCCAGCUUUGGGUACACUUUUCAGUUGUGUGCGUAUGUCCGGAAUGUGUUGGUAAACUUGCACUUACAGCCAGCAAGGGCCAUUUGCUGACCUGAUCCCUGGGCACUGAUAGAUGCCUCUCUUGCUCUACUUGACUCCUGAUACCUACACACUUAGGAGCAUUUCCUGCCUGUACUCAGACACCACGUGCAGGAAGCUGCUAAAUCCUGAGCCUUGAGGGUGAACUCAGCAACUUUGGCUGCAAGAAAUAUUUCUGUUUAAUGAAGGAUAGGAGUCCUUUUGUCUCAUUUUACACACACACACACACACACACACACACACACAGUCAGAUGCUAUGGACAGCAUGAGGCAUGCAUCACACUGUGCAGUCUUCUAUUUUUUCCAUGUAGCAGUAAUGAUAUUCCAAAUGCCUGUAAGUAUUUCUCACUAUGGUGGUGAGAUGUGCUUAGGUGGCUACUUGUGAUAUAAAUGGCCAGAAAAAGGAAGGCAUCAUUCCUACAGUGCAUCUCUCCAAAUAGAUUGCUUCUCCAUUGGUCAGGGCAGUAUUUAUGAAUCACACAGUCCUGGAAAUCUCCUGGAUACAGCAGCUGUAAUCUAGAAUAUAGAUGCAAUGUGCAUUUAUUGUUAAAGUGGUUCAAGUCAUUGCAGAGGGGUGUGAGAUUCCCCGGAGCACAUAACACCAAAGCAACAGGGCACCUCUUUCUUACUACAUCUGUCAUAUGCUUAUCCUAAGUAACUUCAGUGACUAAGCUCUUAGGAGCAGAAAAGCUGGGAAACAGAGUUGGAAGCCAAGCCAGGCAGACUGGAUGUAGCUGUGCUUUCUCCUGGGGCCUUAGCAGUAGAAGCAGCAGCAGCUCUCCUUGCAUCAUGCCAGGGAAUGAGUUGCUAGAAAUCAUUUCAGAGUCUGCCUUGCAGACAGCGACUUACCUUGCAUUUCUGUCUUACUUCACUGGCUGUAUUAACACAGGUAUCUAUCUUGGUGAGACCUUUAUGGCAUGAUCCCCUGAAUUAAAGCUUCUUUCCCCCUUGG